AUGACAUACCGAACCACUUUGGACCUGCUCUUUAAAUCACAUCACUUUCUUCCCAACUACAACUGUGUUAUCCAGAAUAAUGUAAUAGGAGUCAUUGGGGGACUUGGCUCCGAUACCACCUGGUGCAUGGCAAAUGUGUUAGGCCUUUACAAGAUUCCACAGAUUUCAUAUGGCUCAUUUGAACCAGCCAUAAAUGAUCAGACCAAGUUCCCUUCCUUUUACCGCAUGGUCCCCAAUGAAGGCCUUCAGUAUCAGGGAAUUAUCCAGUUACUUCUGCAUUUCAGGUGGAAAUGGGUUGGGCUCAUCACUCCAGCUAAUGAUGCCGGAGAGCGCUUCUUACAGACAAUUGAACCAAUGCUUUUCAAGAAUGGAAUCUGUUCAGAAUUCACAGAACGAGUUGAACCAAAUAUGCAUUAUUCCGGUAACAUGCUAGAAAUGCUGCAUGAAAAAAGGGUUUUGUUACCAAAUUUCAUGAAGAGCAAAGCCAUCGCAGUUCUUAUAUAUGGGGAAAGUCUAUCUACUAUAUGGUUGUCAAGUGCUAUAAAGACAAUGGAGCUGCACUCAUUCCUGCAGAGAAUCUCAUUCAACAACAGUGCUGGGGAUGAAAUCACAUUAAAUGAACAUGGAGAAUUAACAGCUGGCUUUGAUAUUACCAACUUGGUCACUUUCCCAAAUAAUUCCUACGUCAGAGUCAAAGUGGGAAGGCUGGAUCCUCAGAACCCUCCUGGCAAAGAGAUCACCAUUAAUGAAGACAGAAUCAAAUGGCACAGGCGCUUCACUAAGUAUGAUUGUGAUCCAUGUCCAGAAGGAAUGAUCUCAAAUGAUAAAGACAUGGAAACAUGUGUCAGUUGCCCAGCAGAUCAAUAUCCAAACAAAGACCAGGAUCUAUGCAUUCCUAAGAUUCCAAACUUCUUAGCUUUUGAUGAAACGUUGGCUAUUGUUUUAGCUACUUCGGCACUUUUAUUCUCUCUGAUCACAAUUCUGGUGCUCGGCAUCUUCAUUAAGCAUCAGGAUACAGCCAUCGUCAAAGCCAACAACAGAAGCCUCACCUAUAUUCUCCUCAUCUCCCUCUUCCUGUGUUUCCUCUGCUCUUUGUUGUUCAUUGGAAAACCUAAUAAGGUGACCUGCCUUCUCCGACAAAGCGCUUUUGGAAUUGUCUUCUCUGCAGCCCUCUCUAGCAUCUUAGCCAAAACCAUACUGGUGGUUUUGGCAUUCAUGGCUACCAAACCAGGAUCCAGUAUCAGGAGAUGGGUAGACAAAGAACUGACUUAUUCCAUUGUCCUUUCCUCCUCUAUGGUUCAAGUAGGAAUCUGUGCCUUCUGGCUUGGAGCCUCUCCCCCUUUCCCAGAUUUGGAUACACAUUCAAUGAGUGAAGAAAUUGUAGUGUUAUGUAAUGAAGGGUCAAUCCUAAUGUUCUAUUGUGUUUUGGGCUACAUGGGCUUCCUGGCCACUGUCAGCUUCACUGUGGCCUUCUUUGCCAGGAAGUUGCCUGACAGUUUCAAUGAAGCCAAGUUCAUCACCUUCAGCAUGCUGGUUUUCUGCAGUGUUUGGCUCUCCUUUAUUCCAACCUACCUGAGCACCAGAGGAAAAUACAUGGUGGCUGUGGAGAUUUUCUCCAUCUUGGCUUCCAGUACUGGCUUGCUGGCUUGCCUCUUUUUCCCUAAAUGCUACAUUAUCGUGGUGAGGCCUGAACUGAAUAAUAGAGAACAGCUGAUACGGAGCAAAGUAUAA